CCGCUGACGGGCUGGCUGCGGGCAGACCGCCGGAGUUCCGCAAGGAUCGCUCGAAGCUCAAGUCGGCGAAAAGUGACUCCAGCAAAAGUCGUUCCAAAUCGGAGUCGUCGGAUAAGGAGGGUACGGUGAAAGGGAAAUCGGUGCCAGUGAAACCAGCGCCGGUGGUUGAGGAACCAGCACCACCACCACCAGCUCCUCCUCCAUCGCCACCUUUACCAGAACCGGAACCGGAGCCGCCAGUGGAACCACCAGCUCCACCACCACCCUCACCACCACUGCCUGUCAUGCAAGAACCCGAACCGGAACCAGAAUCACUGCCAGAGAUGACUCCGGCGAAGGAGUCGUUGGAAGAAUCGCGGGAGCACCUGAGUUCGCUGGAUGCCAUGAUGCGAGAGGAUGAACGGGCGUUCGAUAAUGAAUCGCUGAUAGCGGAGGAAUCGCUACCACCGUUGAUCGAACCGGAGGAACCAGUGGAACCAGUGGUGGAGGUAUCGAAAAUCCCAGAACCUACGCCCGUCAUCGAGGAACAACAGCAAGAGGAGGACAAGAGCACAACGGAGCAAACGGAGGACAGCAGCUCACCGUCGAAAUCGAGCGAAGACACGGAACAGGCGUCGGUGGUGGAGGAGCCACCGAAACCCAAGACUCCGGAACCGGAAGAACCACCACCGAAGCCGGUGGAAGAAACUCCUCCACCACCAGCACAGCCGAAAGAAAGGCCCAAGCUGCGAAGGUCCAUGGAAUCGAAGAUGGAAAGCGUUGAGGAGGAGCAACCGGCCAAGAGUCCGGGUUCGCCACCGAAAAAGAUCGAUCAGGAGAAGGUGGACCAGACGCGCGGGUUCUUCGUGAGUUUGGAAGAAUCGGAGCAGAAUGAACAGAAGAAGAAGCUGAAGGUGAAGAAGAAACCACGGUUGAAGGAGGAACAGGAACUGGAACAGGAGCAGCAGAGCAGCAAGGAUCAGGAUUCGGGCUUCGAGCCAAGUCCACAGGCGGUCCGUAGCAAGCCCACCAUCUUCGAUCGACCGACGCACACGGCCACACUGCCACGAAGGUCCGCCUUUACGAUGGUGGAAGAGCGGGCCGUUAGCUCGCGACCGGAGGGCCGGAAACCGGGCGACAAAAAUGCUGUCAACAUGACGACGGUCCAGCAAUCGAUACAUCGCAACAUUCGAAGAUAUUAUAUGGAAAGAAAGAUUUUCCAACACUUGUUAGAACUGAAAAGCUUGCAAAUACGAUCGACGAAAGUGAACGAAUCGGUGCUGGUGAAGCGGGCCGUAGACGACUACCACAAGUCGACGAUCGAGCUCGGCUACGAGACGGGCAGCACGCUCAAGCGGUACCCCUACACGGAGUACUCGUUCCGCAACUUUGAGCUCUUCCUAUACGACACGCUGAAAACGCUGCAGAAGAAGGAAACGUACAACUUCCAAAACAUCUCGGAGGUGUAUGAUGAGGCCGAACGGCGGCUCAGUCCCGAUGUCAGCCGGUACGAGCGAGCCCUCAACUGUACCACCAAAACCCAUCGCUGCCUGCAUGCGACCCACGCCUACACGGGCAUCCCGUGUGCCGCCUACAUACCAAUGAUGAAUCAUCACACGAUACCGAAGCUGGGCUUCGGUGCGUACAAAUCGAGUGCGGGCUCGGGUGGUGGCGUGGGGAGCUUCUUCCUGCCCAAAAUCCUGACACACUCGACCGACCGCGGCUGCCCGGCCGGAAAGGUGGCCCUCGAGUUGACGCACGGUAACAGUAAGCAGGUCAUUACACUGCCAUCGGAGACACUCGAUAGCAAUAAGCGAUACUACGUAACGUUUACCCUCAAUCCGAACGCUCCCGCUGAUGGUGCACCGUCCGCUUCGUCCUCUUCUCCGUUCGCAGGCGUCCCCGCAUCCGGAUCCGGCCAGCAGCCCAACGCAGCAGCCACAGAGUCAGCCACAGAGCCAGCACCACCAGAUCCUGAUGCCCAAGAUAACGCUCAGCGCUCAGCACAACAACAACAACAACAGCACCGACAGCAGUCCCCUGCAGCGUCCGCGAUUCCUUCCGCCGAACAGCCUCCAGCGGGGCGGUACCAGCAGCAGCACGGCAUUCAGCCCCCUACCGAGUCACAAUCGUCCCAGUCCCGUACCCUUCCCUCAGUAGACCGGUCCGGUUCCGUUGCACCAACCUAG